CGCCGGCCGCCUGGGCCGCGAGCACAGCGGAGCUGUCAGCUGUGAGCUGAGCGCGCAGCCCUAGCGGCCCGGGAGCAGAACGCGCCCCACCCCGGGAGGUUGCUUUCCAGCCGGCCGGCGGGCCGACCGCAGCGGGAAGGAGAUGCUGUUCCUCCGCCCGGGGCCGGCGCGGGGGAGGGGCCGGGGGCGGCAGGCCAGGGCUCCCCGCAGCGGACUCUCGCCGCCCUGGAGCCCCGCCUGGAUCUGCUGCUGGGCACUCGCCGGCUGCCAGGCGGCCUGGGCUGGGGACUUGCCCUCCACCUCCGGCCGCCCGCUUCCUCCUUGCCUGGAGAAAGAUUACCACUUUGAAUAUACAGAAUGUGAUGGCAGUGGCUCCAGGUGGAGAGUUGCCAUUCCGAACCCCGCAGUGGACUGCUCUGGCCUGCCUGACCCAGUGAGAGGCAAAGAAUGCAGCUUAGCUUCAGAGAACUUUGCUGCUGUUUCCAAGCCCUGGUGCCGAGUCUCAUGUCUGUGGACAUCAUCCACCAUUGGAGGUGUUGGUGUCAUUCAGACACAGCUUACAGCUUUCUCCUGUGCUUCUGGGGAGUAUCUAGAAAUGAAGAACCAGGUAUGCAGUAAGUGUGGUGAAGGCACCUACUCCUUGGGCAGUGGCAUCAAAUUUGACGAAUGGGAUGAAUUGCCAGCUGGAUUUUCCAACGUCGCAACAUUCAUGGACACUGUGGUCGGCCCUUCUGAUAGCAGGCCAGAGGGCUGUAACAACUCUUCUUGGGUCCCUCGUGGAAACUACAUAGAGUCCAAUCGUGAUGACUGCACAGUAUCCUUGAUCUAUGCUGUGCGCCUCAAGAAGUCAGGUUACGUCUUCUUUGAGUACCAAUAUGUGGACAACAACAUCUUCUUUGAGUUCUUUAUUCAGAAUGAUCAGUGCCAGGAGAUGGACACCACCGCUGACAAGUGGGUAAAACUCACAGACAAUGGAGAAUGGGGCUCUCAUUCUGUAAUGUUGAAAUCAGGCACAAACAUACUGUACUGGAGAACUACAGGCAUCCUUAUGGGUUCCAAGGCAGUCAAGCCAGUGUUGGUAAAAAAUAUCACGAUUGAAGGGGUGGCCUACACAUCAGAAUGCUUUCCAUGCAAGCCCGGCACCUUCAGCGACAAACCAGGUUCAUUCAUCUGCCAAGUGUGUCCCAGAAACACUUAUUCUGAGAAGGGAGCCAAAGAAUGCAUCAGGUGUGAUGAGGACUCGCAAUUUUCAGAAGAAGGAUCCAGCAAGUGUAUGGAGCGCCCUCCCUGUACCUCAAAAGACUAUUUCCAGAUCCACACUCCAUGUGAUGAGGAAGGAAAGACACAGAUAAUGUACAAGUGGAUAGAGCCCAAAAUCUGCCGAGAGGAUCUCACGGAUGCUAUUAGGUUGCCCCCUUCUGGAGAGAAGAAGGAUUGUCCACCUUGCAACCCUGGGUUUUAUAACAAUGGAUCAUCUUCCUGCCAUCCCUGCCCUCCUGGAACAUUUUCGGAUGGAACAAAGGAAUGUAGACCAUGUCCAGCAGGAACGGAGCCUGCACUUGGGUUUGAAUAUAAAUGGUGGAAUGUGCUUCCUGGCAACAUGAAAACCUCCUGUUUCAAUGUUGGGAAUUCAAAGUGUGACGGAAUGAACGGUUGGGAGGUGGCUGGAGAUCACAUCCAGAGUGGGGCUGGAGGUUCCGAUAAUGAUUACCUGAUCUUAAACUUGCAUAUCCCAGGAUUUAAACCACCAACAUCGAUGACUGGAGCCAUGGGUUCUGAACUGGGAAGAAUAACAUUUGUUUUUGAGACCCUCUGUUCAGCUGACUGUGUUCUGUACUUCAUGGUGGAUAUUAAUAGAAAAAGUACAAAUGUGGUGGAGUCAUGGGGUGGAACCAAAGAAAAACAAGCUUAUACCCAUGUCAUCUUCAAGAAUGCCACAUUUACAUUUACGUGGGCAUUCCAGAGGACCAAUCAAGGUCAAGAUAAUAGACGGUUCAUCAAUGACAUGGUGAAGAUUUAUUCUAUCACUGCCACUAAUGCAGUUGAUGGGGUGGCGUCCUCAUGCCGUGCCUGUGCCCUUGGUUCUGAACAGUCGGGCUCAUCGUGUGUCCCCUGCCCCCCAGGCCACUACAUUGAGAAAGAAACCAACCAGUGCAUGGAGUGUCCACCUGAUACCUACCUGUCCAUACAUCAGGUCUAUGGCAAGGAGGCUUGUAUUCCAUGUGGGCCUGGGAGUAGAAGCACUCAGGACCACUCAGUGUGCUACAGUGACUGCUUUUUCUACCAUGAAAAAGAAAAUCAAAGUUUGCAUUAUGACUUCAGCAACCUCAGCAGUGUGGGCUCCUUAAUGAAUGGUCCCAGCUUUACCUCCAAAGGAACAAAGUACUUCCAUUUCUUCAAUAUCAGUUUAUGUGGGCAUGAGGGGAAGAAGCUGGCUCUCUGUACCAACAAUAUAACAGACUUUACAGUAAAGGAAAUGGUGGCAGGGUCAGACGAUUACACGAAUUUGGUAGGAGCAUUUGUGUGCCAGUCAACUAUUAUUCCUUCUGAAAGUAAGGGUUUCCGAGCAGCCUUAUCAUCACAAUCCAUCAUUUUGGCAGAUACAUUUUUGGGAGUUACAGUUGAAACCACAUUGCAAAAUAUUAAUAUAAAAGAAGAUAUGUUCCCAGUUUCACCAAGCCAAAUACCAGAUGUGCAUUUCUUUUAUAAGUCUUCUACAACUACAACCUCUUGUGUAAAUGGCCGAUCAACUGCUGUGAAAAUGAGGUGUAAUCCUGCUAAACCAGGAGCGGGAGCCAUUUCUGUCCCCAGCAAGUGUCCAGCAGGCACCUGCGAUGGAUGUACAUUCUAUUUCCUGUGGGAGAGUGUGGGAGCUUGCCCUCUGUGCACUGAACACGACUUCCAUGAGAUUGAGGGUGCCUGCAAGAGAGGAUUCCAGGAAACUUUAUAUGUGUGGAAUGAGCCUAAGUGGUGCAUUAAAGGAAUUUCUUUGCCUGAGAAAAAGUUGUCAACCUGUGAAACAGUUGACUUUUGGCUAAAAGUGGGAGCAGGAGUGGGAGCUUUUACAGCCGUUUUGCUGGUGGCUCUAACUUGCUACUUCUGGAAAAAGAAUCAGAAACUGGAGUACAAAUAUUCCAAAUUAGUAAUGACUACGAACUCAAAAGAGUGUGAACUCCCAGCUGCAGACAGCUGUGCUAUCAUGGAAGGAGAAGAUAAUGAAGAGGAAGUCGUGUACUCCAACAAACAGUCCCUGCUGGGAAAACUCAAAUCCUUGGCAACAAAGGAAAAAGAAGACCAUUUUGAAUCUGUUCAACUGAAAUCCUCAAGAUCUCCAAAUAUAUGAAAAGACAGUGCUGUAGCUGUCAGACUAAUGAACAAAGAAACCCACUCUCUAGUUUUACAGAACCAUAGUUUAGAGCCUGUCCUCAUAUCCGGCACAUUGGCGAUGUUACAGAGGAGGGCCACGCCACUGAGAAGGGAAGGAGGUUGAAAUGUUAGAUUGCCUUAUCACAUGGUCAAGUGUCUUGCCAAAAAUAAGAAAGCAAAUGGUUUGAGUCUCAACUGAAGAUGAAGCUCAACUCAGGAAGAGAUUUGUCUGUAUAUACACAUAACUCAGAACCAAGGUUAAGCCCGCCAGUGCACUGCUGAUGCAUGCCAUGUAAUUAAUGGGUAAUUUUUCUUCUUUAUAAAUUCUAUAUAAAAAGUGUGUUUGGAGGGCUAAUGUGAGCAUAUGCAUUGUGAUCCCAUGUAUGUCUUUUCUUUGUUUAUAUUUUGGGGAAGAUUUGAAAAAUUUUUUAAGGUACAGUUAUUUUUCCCAUUAUUUAUUUUCCUGACCAACCUUUAAACAUGUUUUCUAUUAAAAAUGAUGAACAAAGAAAGACAAUAGAUUUUUCAUUUUUCCAUAGGGUACCCUUCUUGAUUUCAGGAGCCUAAGUAAGCAGUAAUUCUAAAUGAAGAGUCAGCAUGUGUUUGGGUUAUCUAAACUUAUAAUCGCCUUUGAAAUUCCAUCCUUGUUGGAACUGGUAAGAAGGGCUUUCUAAGAAAUGGGAUUCUUAAAAAAAAAAAAAAAAUAUAUAUAUAUAUAUAUAUAUAUAUAAAGGCAAAGAGAAGCUUAGACUUUCCCCUAAUAAAAACAAGCUGACACUAUCACAGAAGUCAAAUGGCUUGAAACAAUUUAUGUACUACUUGAAGUAUAAUUUAGAAUGAAUAGGAAAGCUUUUUUUUUAAUCAAAUCACUUACAAAAUCAUGAGAAAAAAGUGGGAUGGCUUGUGUGUCAGUACAGAUAACUGUACAGAGCUACUGGGAUAAUUUAUGGCCUCCCGAAAAUGGCAGUGGGUACCUUUGCCCUGUGUCAAGCAUCAAAGGUUACAUGCUAGACCAUAAGGAUUAUUACUUCCAUGGAAGUUUUCUUUUUAAGUUACUUAGAAAUUCAAUUUUAGAAUAUUGCAUAUAUCUGUAUUCAAAAUAAGAAUGUUGUCGUACCAUAAGCAGCUAUGAAAUAAGUAUUGUUGCUCUUAUUAAAAAAUGAUCCAGAUAAUUGUGGUAUUUUCUCUAAUGGACAGGUUAUACUGAUAUUAGCAGGAAUUGAAUAUUUGUUGAAAGAAGUUUGAACGAAGCUGGGUAUGACCAAUUUUGUGUAAAACUUGUUUUAAAACUAGGAAAGAGGGAAGUUUCCUGACCAUUUAUAAUCUAAGGUGAUCUUGUUUGUUUUCAAUAAACAGUGAUCUUUAUAGGUUUUAAUCCAGAGUUUUAAAAAGGUUGGUAAUUGGCCGGUGAGGUAGGGCACAGGGACAAGUUUGUUAAAUGUUUUGCCCCCAGUCUGUCAAUGAGGUAUGCCUUGUAAUUUUUGAUUCAGCAGGUCAUCCUUAGUUUUGUGGCCAAUGAAGGAAAAAUAAAUAAUUGAAUUUAUUUCACUGGUGGGUAAAACAGUGGACCAUUCUGUUAUUGUUGAAUGAAUGUUUGUUUUGUGUAUGUCACUACUGUUGGAUUCAUGAGUAUAAGUGAGGUGGGCUUUGUUGUUUUUUUGUGAAAUUCACAGAGGAUAUUGCAUUACAUAAACCUUGUCUACAUUUAAUUUCUUACAUUUUAUUAUAAUGAAAUUAUUUUGA